AUGGCUGGUCUUCAAAAUCUGGCAUCACGCCUCCCAGAGGACCUUCCCAUACUCCGCCUGCUCGUUGCAAGCUGCCUGCUAUUCCCUGUCCUCUUCGCUGUGGGAUUCUACCUCUGGGUCACACCUAGCACCUGGAAGGAUUCCCGUCGCAAGCAUCUCCCUCCCGGGCCUCGUGGUCUGCCACUCCUAGGCAACUAUUUUGAGUUAUCCAAUGCAGAGACCUUCCGCUUCCGAGCGCGAAAAUGGGCCAAGGAGUACGGCGACGUCUUUUAUACCAAGAUGGGCGGCUCAGACUAUGUCUAUCUUUCCUCGCCCACGGCAGUCAAAGAAUUGAUGGACAAAAAAUCGAGCAUCUACUCCUCGCGACCGCCUGCUCCUCUUGCCAGCGAUGUCGCAUCUGCUGGGCGGCGGCAGUUGUUCAUGGCCUAUGGACCGAGGUACCGCGUCGUGCGAAAGAUCGCUCACUCGUUGCUCAAUAUCAAUGUGUCGACGAGCUAUCAACCAGUCCAGGAUCUGGAGUCCAAGCAAUUGAUGUACGAUUUGCUGCAUGAUCCCGAGCACUUUUAUGACCACAAUCGGCGUUACUCUGCCAGCGUCAUACUUACUGUGGCAUAUGGCCAUCGCAUGGCCGACUGGGACAACCCACUGGUCAAGAAGAUUUACACUGUCGUCAAUAAUCUGCAACAGUUCUCAACACCCGGUGCAUUCCUCGUUGACACCUUCCCAUCACUUCAGCAUUUCCCGCAGUGGAUGUUUGGCAACUGGAGAAAGUUUGGGCAAAAGUGCUUCGCCCAUGAUUCGGUCGUCUAUCUCAAGCUUUGGGGUAAUUUGAAGAAAGAGGUCGAUGAAGGGACAGCAAAUCCAUGCUUUGCCAGAGACUUCUAUCUGAGCGACCCCAAAAAGCUCGGCCUCGACGAACUACAAGCUGCAUAUCAAACAGGGGGCUUAGUUGAAGCGGGAUCCGAGACCACAUCCGCUUUUCUGAACUCCUUCAUCUUGACCAUGACAUUAAAUCCUCAGGUGUUCAAGAAGGCUCAGGAAGAGAUCGACCGGGUGGUCGGCGACGACAGGUUGCCAACCUGGGAAGACGAGCCCAACCUUCCGUACAUCAGGGCCAUCAUCAAAGAACUACUUCGAACAAGGCCUCCCAACAAGUUCGGCAUUCAACACUACACCACUGAGGAUGAUUGGUAUAACGGAAUGUUUAUUCCAAAGGGAACCGUGGUUGUCUUGAACUGGUGGGCCAUCAACUACGACCCGGAUCACUGGGACCGUCCUGACGAAUUCAUGCCUGAGAGAUUUCUGGGUUACGACCUUCCAGCUGCAUCGUAUCUCAACAUUGCCGACCCUAACCAACGAGAUCAUUUCUCGUACGGAGCAGGCAGGAGAGUCUGCCCUGGUGUUCAUGUCGCCGAGAAGUCCUUGUACCUCAACAUUGCCCGCGUGGUGUGGGCAUUCAACAUCUCCAAAAAGCUCGACAAGGACGGCAAAGAGAUUGAGCCAAACGCCGCCAUGGUGCCGGGCUGGAUGACCAUUCCCCAGCCUUUUGAAUGUGCAAUUACGGUUCGAUCUGAGAAGAAGAGGGAGCUGAUUGACCAGAUCUGGGCAGAUGCAAAGAGAAAUCUCUCCAACGAAUGA